AUGGAAAUGAUCGAAAUAGACCGGCAUGUUAGCAGUCGUAGCAUCGCCCAGGAGCUAAAGAUCGACCACAAAACAGUUUUAAACCAUCUUCAUAAAGCUGGAUUCAAGAAGAAGCUCGAUGUUUGGGUACCACACGAAUUGACGCAAAAAAACUUGAUGGAUCGAAUUUCCAUCUGCGAAGCCUUGGUGAAACGGAACGAAAUCGACCCAUUUCUUAAACGGAUGGUGACUGGUGAUGAAAAAUGGGUCACAUACGACAAUAUUGUGCGAAAACGGUCGUGGUCAAAGCGCGGUGAAGCAACUCAAACGGUGGCCAAACCAGGAAUAACCGUCAGGAAGGUUUUGCUGUGCAUUUGGUGGGACUGGAAAGGAAUCAUCUACUAUGAGCUGCUUCCAUAUGGUCAAACACUAAAUUCGGACCUCUACUGUCACCAAUUGGACCGUUUAAAGCUAGCGAUUGACCAAAAACGGCCGCAAUUGGCCAACAGGAAAGGUGUUGUGUUCCGUCAGGACAACGCCAGGCCACACACGUCUAUAGUGACUCGCCAGAAACUCCGGGAGCAUGGUUUGGAAGUUUUGAUGCAUCCACCUUAUAGUUCGGACCUGGCACUAAGCGAUUACCAUCUUUUUUUAUCAUUGAAAAACUUCCUUAGUGAUAAGAAACUGGCAUCAAGAGGAGAUUGUGAAAACAGCUUCAUCGAGCUUUUCGCCACUGGGGACCAGGGCUUCUAUGAGAGAGGCGUUAUGAAGUUACCUUUAAAAUGGCAACAAAUUUUAAAACAAAACGGUACAUAUUUGACCCAAAUCGGAUAA